AUACGAACUCAGCAGCUUAAUCUUCGUGUACAUCAACCUAUGAUAAUGUAAUGCUUUACAGAAAUACACAAGAAAUCAGAGAAAGCGACUAUGGCAGAAAUAACGGAUGUUUUAAAAAUCGUGUGUGACCUGCUUACUCUCAUGGGACAUGAAAUCUCAUUCGAUUUUACAAGACGUUCACCUGAGCAAGCCUGGAUCAUGACCAGUAACAGCUAGAGAAAGACUCAGAAGACAUCUUUUCUGAAAUGGAGAACACAAACAUCACUCACUUGGCGGCUGUUUUCGUGAACCCGCAUAAUCGAGUGCCCGUUCUUGAUGUGCAUGAGUCUCUAGACACAGACUUCUAUGACAUGGACUAUGGUGUUCCCACUGAUGAGAUGCCUGACACCACACAGGGGUUGGCAUAUUUCGUGGGCACCAUUGUCAUCGGAGUGGUCCUCGCCUGUAUCAUGCUAGUGUGUGGCUUUGGCAACUUCCUUUUUAUCGCCACUCUGGUCCGAUACAAAAAACUCAGGAACCUUACCAAUUUACUCAUCGCUAACCUGGCAAUCUCCGACUUCAUCGUGGCUGUGGUCUGCUGCCCUUUCCUGGUGGAUUACUAUGUAGUCAAACAGCUCUCCUGGGAUCAUGGGAAGGUGUUGUGUGCCUCUGUCAACUACCUCAGGACUAUGUCUCUGUAUGUGUCUACAAACGCCUUACUGGCCAUCGCUGUUGACAGGUAUAUGGCCAUCGUUCACCCGUUGAGGCCGAGAAUGAAGUACCAGACGGCAUACUUCCUCAUAACCGGUGUGUGGAUCGUUCCAGUGCUCAUUUCCAUACCGUCUGCUUACUUUGCCUCUGCGACCAAGGUUCCUCACGGAGCCAACCACAGCAAAACCUUCUGCGCCCAGAUUUGGACUGUGGACCAACAGCUAUAUUACCGUUCCUAUUUCUUGUUCAUCUUUGCCGUAGAGUUUGUCGGCCCAGUGCUCACCAUGGCCAUGUGCUACGUGCAAAUCUCCAGGGAACUCUGGUUCAAGAGCGUUCCAGGUUUCCAGACGGAGCAGAUCCGCAAGCGGCUACGCUGUCGCAGGAAGACGGUCAUGGUUCUCAUCGGAAUUCUGACGGCUUACAUCCUCUGCUGGGCUCCGUACUAUGGCUACACCAUCCUGCGUGAUUUUCACCCAACGCUCAUCUCCAGAGAGAAGAACUCUCUGGUGGCUUUCUACAUCAUCGAGUGCAUCGCCAUGAGCAACAGUAUGAUCAACACUUUCUGCUUCGUCAGUGUGAAGAACAACACUGUGAAGUAUUUCAAGAGGAUCGUCCUCCUACGAUGGAAGUCCACCUACACGUCCAGAAAGACUGUGGAUGAGACAGACAUAAACCCCAAUCUUAGUGAAUGUAAAAAGGGAGCUGAACUGAGCAGUUUUCAUGUCACCCACAUUACAGAUGAUUAAAGACCACUGCUUGUACGGGUUGUGAAGGAUGCAUUGUUAUGUGGAUCGAAGGGUCUGACUUUCUUAAAAGCAACCUGUAAAUGUGUGUGUGUUAUCAGCCAUAACUAACAAUGCUGACUUCAGUGUACUGUGUUGUUUUUCUUUCUUGUCCUCAUAUGCAUUCAUUCAUUCAUACAUCAACUUAUUAUUUACCAUUCUACAUUAUUUUCUAUGUCUGCUACAGUUGUUCAAUCUUAUAUUGGGUGCUGUCUGGUCUUCACAAGCUGAAUCUGUUUCUGGUCAGACGAAGUCAGACUGAGUAUUGAUUCGCAAAUAGGAUUAUUUAAUUAAACGCGUUAUUCAUUUUUUUCUAUUAUCAUCUUGUCUCUCUAUCUGCCUUGUGCUUGACAAGAAAGUUGACUUUGAAUACCAUACAAAGUCAUUUUCCUGACUGGAUCUAAAUCUUGGAUCUUGAGGAUUUUAAAAAGAUAAAAUUCUGUGUCUAAUGUUGUGGUUUUUCCUGUGAAAUGCCAUAUCCAUGCUUUGUUCGGAAGCGUUUUUGAUCUAGCAGAAAUAUUUUUACUUUGGCACAAAAUGAGGUCAUUUUCAAUCUGUUUAUGGAAGAAUUAUAUGAAAAAAUAUAUAAGACAUGAUCCAAACCAGCCAGAUAAGAACUGUAGCUUUGCAGGAAAAAGUAUUUGAAGAUCUUAAAGACAAGGGUAUGCCUAUGUGUAUUAUACAAACAUGUUACUUUGAAGCAAUUUACAUGAUUGCAUCAAAAGGGAUUGUACAAUAAAAAUAUUAUUUGUAUUAAUUUAUUAUUUAUAGUUAUUGAUUAUAUAAAAGUAUAAAAAUAUAUAAAACAAUCCAAAGGGAAAAAAUAAUAGAAACAAUAGAUGUAUAUUUAGUGUAUUGCAUAUUUAGAGUGAGGAAAGUUAAACUCAACAUUAUCAGUGUUUUAUGGGAUAAACUGUUCAGAAUUUUUAUUUCUUUGACUAUUUUUGGUAGUCAUUUAGGCAAAUUGGCAUGUUUUUUGUGUGGCUUUUACGGAAGCAAACAGUAUAUAGAUUUUUUUAUUUUUAGCAGCUUUUAUUGAAAUACAGUUAUGGCCUUGUUGAACCACCACUAUGUGUUUUGGAAGAUUUUUUUGUAUUUUGUUUCUUUUUAAUUAUGGAAUAAUGAAUAUUUGUGUUGGCUAAUACGUCUGCAUGCAUUCUAGCCAAAUAAAGUUAUCUU